ACAAUUAUCAGUUUUUAUUUAAACCGUGGCUGAUCCAAGAAGGAAGCAGUUGCCCACGUAGUAUAAAUGUGUCUGUUCAUGUGUCGCUUCUACAUACAGCGUUUUGAGCAGCAAGGGAACUUAUCUGUCUAUGCCAUCAGUCGAGUCAUAUUUACCUGACGGAAAUGGCAAACAACGCACCACCUCGAUCCUUCAUCUUUUAAUAAGAUGAAAAAGUGUUCACAAUUGUAGGCCUGACAUUCUAGUGCCAGAAUGUUUCACCCGUGCCAGAGACGAAAGUAAAUUAGUUGACUUGCAACAUUGUGUGGGUGUUGGCACUUGGCCUUUCUUUUACCGGCUGGGAAGCUCAAUCAAACGCUCACUUCCUGCAUGUAGGGAACCAGCGGUCCACCAGCACCCAAGUAUUGAACAACCUGUCAACGUCCGAUCCUGCAUUGUUCCAUUUGUAUUGUUGCUGUGCAAGAGGGACUCUCGGUUUUGAUUUCUGAAAGAGGUCAAGUUUGACACCAACAGGAGACUUUUUGCUUUGAUGUGGCUUGAGUCAGGUUUAUCAACCAUGGAAACAUUCAAUUCAACAGGCAUUAGCGAGUCCACUUUACGUACAAUAUCUGAAAAGCUCGGUCCUGAAUGGGAGAAGCUGAUGGAAUAUCUCGGUUUAAGCCCUGAAGAGAUAUUUUGGAUCAAGAAAGACCAGCCAGAUCAGACAAAGAGCCAGAUCUUCCGCAUGCUCGUCAAAUGGAGGCGCAAACAAUCCACUUGCAUAGAUCAGUUGGACGCCUUAUACAGGGCACUAAUGAAGAUCUGCAGAGGAGACAUAGUUGAAGAAUUGAAAGUGGCCGGAGGAAGCAUCGUGUCCUCUGUUUCAGCAGCCACGCACCUUGCAGACAGUCCUACUGAAGAAGAAAUACAGCACGAUAAGGCAACAGGGCCUGCAUCCCUGGCACCGUUGUUGACUUCAGACACUCUCCCAACUCCUGCCAAAGCACCACUGGGGAAUACAGACACUGCCCCAUCCCCUGCCCCAGCUCUGUUGGUGACUUCAGACGAUGGCACAUCUUACGCUCCAGCAGCGGAAGAUAGUGCAGACAGUAUGAGCAAACAAGAACAAACACAGCACGCUGAACCACCGAGUACUCCACGCAUCAGUGAUUCUGUUUUACGCAGGGUUGCUGAGAAGCUUGGUGGUGAAUGGAAGAAGCUCGCGACUUCUCUUGGCUUAAGCGCUGCAGUGGUCUUCUGCAUCCAGAUGGACCAGCCAGGCCAGACAGAAAAUCAGAUCUUCAACAUGCUGGUCAAAUGGAGGCGCAAACAACCCAGCAACGUAGAUCAGACAGACGCGUUAUGCAGAGCUCUGAGGCAGAUCGGCAGAGAAGAUAUCGCUGAAGAAAUGUCAGAAAUUGCCAGACCCAGGGGACCGUAUUGCUUCGACUAUCUCAAGCAACAGGUCAUCCAGUACUACAAGCAAACAGCAACGACUAUUCCAGCGCACCCUACCGUCGAGUCACGUCGUGUAGGUAUUGAAGAUUUCUCAAUUCCUCUUUGCCUAAUAAAAAAGGUCCCUGGGAAAACAAAACAAGGGGCAUUGGUGUCAUUACCAGAAGGAAGGAGAUUUCUGGAUGAAGCUGAGACGAUUACCCUAGAUUCCAUGGAAGAUUUAUUCAAUCCCCAAAGUGUAGGGGAGAUAGAUAAGAUUCUUCUUUUCGGCGGGGCCGGAAUGGGUAAAUCUACCCUUUUAGUCCAAAUUGCCCACUCGUGCAUUAAACUUCGUCCAAAAUCCCCUCUUGCAAGAUUCCAACUUGUGCUUCUGAUAAAGCUUAGGCAAAUGCAGAAGUCCAGCUGCGUAUUGGAUGCGAUUUUUGACCAGAUCCUACCAAACAACACAAACCUUACAAAACACGCAGUGAAGGGGCUCAUUGAUGAAAAGGAAUCGCACAUUGCUUUCCUGCUGGAUGGCUUAGAUGAAAUUCCAUCUGAUGUUUUGCAUUCCAAGGAGGGUGUGUACAGGGUCGAAGAUAUCUUAAGCAACAGAUGUCUUAAAACAAGCUUUGUGCUGGUAACAACACGACCACACCUGGUUGACUAUGUACUCCAGGGUUACCCAAAUUACGCCCAGGUUCAAACAACAGGCUUUACAUCAGAAAACACGCACAGAUAUAUCAGAACGCAGUUUUCUUAUGAUCAAGACGGAGAAGCAUUAGUUCACCGCCUAGAUCACAACAGCUCACUAGAAAAGUUGUCACAUGUACCAAUCAUUGCUUUGAUGCUGUGUGCUGUUUGGAAAAAUCAAAAAUCACUUCCAGCUCAAAUAACUGAAUUAUACACAGACUUUAUCGAGUCUCUUUUUCGCCGCCGCUCAGUUGAUAGUCGGGUAAUGGCGGUGGUCGUUAAUAGCAUGGGUGGUAAUGCAAUGCAAGGGCUGCUUAACCCUAAGGAGGAAAGACUCGUUUUUGAUCGAAGAGAAUUUCAAGAGUGUGGUGAGCCUUUGCUAAAUCAGACCUUUGAUGUGGGUCUUCUUCAAAGUGAAACAGUCACAAGUGGUCUGAAAACGAACGUGUUGAUUUCCUUCCCACACAAGUCUUUCCAGGAAUACGUCGCAGCAUGUCACAUGGUGAAGUUGCUUGAAGAUGGCGCCGACCGUUUCCGUCAUCAGUUGAAAUACAUUACAGCAGAUAAUGUCCUUGAUAAGGAAUACCUCCUUCGGUUUUGCUGCGGGAGAUUAAAGCAGGCUGCUGGUCUCAUCCUGGAUCACAUAAGAACGAUGGAAGGAGACGAGAUGCAACUGCAGAGACUGGCUCGGCUGUUAUUGUUGGAGUCAGGUACAGCAGAUUUUGCUGACAAACUAGUCAGACCAAGGAAGGUGUCAUGCGAGAGAAGCGAAGAUCUGAGGUCAUUUAGCUAUUACGUUAAGCAUGUCCCUCAAUCACUUGAAAGUGCACACGUUGAAAUCAGUUGUAAAUCAAAGGAAGACCUCUACCUUUUGGGAGAAAUUCUUUUGAGGAGGAAUGUUGAGUCGGGGAAGUCCAUUUUGGUCUCUUAUUACAUGUCGCACAAGGGGGCAGAAGAACUGCAGCUAUUGGAGAGAAUACUUAAGAACGAACAUGGUAAAAUAAACCUGUAUGUACACAUUGAGCGAGAGUCGUGGUUUGACUGGAUGUGUGUGUCUAUGAGCUUUGCCCGCAUACAGGAACACGUAUCCAGUUUUGCCUUGCGUAUGAACCAUCGAUCACGGGGAGACGUUCUCGGUCUACUUAGUGCACUGAAACGAUGUAGUUUGAUAGCUCUUGUGCUGGAUAGCAUCGACCUGCGUGGCUGGCUACAGGAGACAGAUUUCCCUGCAACAUCAGGCCUGAAAUACCUGCAAUUCCGUGCUUGCCGAUUGCAAGACGAUGACUUGAAAGAUCUUAUCGCAAGCCUUGAUGCUGAGCAGGGUUUGAUCAGCCUUAACAUUGGUCGAAACCAAUUCAGUUUGAACGGAGUGAGGGCACUCACCGGGCAUCUCAAAGGUCUCAGUACUAUAGAUCAGUUGUGGCUGCAUGAGAUCGGCCUCGAUGCGAAAAGUGUUAGGGAGGUAGUAAGUCGAGACAUGCCCCACCUGCAGGAGAACGGAGAGGGAAGGUUCGAGAGAAAGGAGAACCAGGAAGAAAAGGAGAAGAAAGGACUAAAAAAAGAGAGGGUAGAAACACCUUUUGUAAUUAUCAGUGCAGAAAAACUGAUAACGGAUGACGAAAGAGAAAGUGAAUACAGAUACAUACACAGAUCAAGACAGCGCUAUAGCAUAGAUGAACUUUAGAUGGAGUAGACAUGAAUUCUGUAUUCUUCUCCUCUAAGUCUAACGGAGACAUAUACAGGUUCGAGAGAAAGAAAUCGGGAACAAUCAGUGACUGAAGUAGCCUCAAGAGCAAGUGAAAUAGAAAGAGAAGAAAUAAGAGCCAUGAAAGAAUCAAAGGAAGAAAUAAGCGGGGAAGAAGAAACUUUUAAUGAAAUAUCGUGGAAACUGUCAAAUGUAAUAUUUGUUACUGUUUAUAUCAUUUUUCUAGAUUCAGAACGUAUGUAAUAAAAAAACUGGAGCUGGCUACAGUAACAGUUAAAUACAAAUCUAAGAAGUAGGAGGCCUCUAACGUUUCUAUCCUAGCGGAAUCCUUCUCAAAGGUAAAAUGACAACUGGACAGAGAUAAAUUAGUAAGCAAAGAAUCAAACAAGCAUGGACGAAUGCAGAAAGACAAAAGGAAGGGGUGAGAAACCUGGUUGCUGGAUAAAGAAGCGGGAGAUAAAGGGGGUUUAGAUUCAGUCCCUUUGCUGGUGUUUAAUGACUUUCACUUGUGGCGUUCAUCAUUCAACUUCAAGCAAAUGUGCAUGGGGGCCUGGCCAAAUAGAAGCCACGUCUAUUUGCCGGCCUCCAUAGGUCAUCACUUGUAAUCCGAUUUCUUAAUUAUCUCACAGUCUCAAAUGUUUUAACUAUUUACCCGGGCCAAAACAUAGGUUGAGAAUCAACCCAACCUGGUAAUGCAGUAUUUGGGUAUUGCCCAGUAAUACUAUACUGUUGAUGAAUUGUUUUUCAUUUGUCACUGUUCAUAAAUAAUAAACAAAAGAAUCUUAGGAAUGAGUAAUAACAUAACUAUGGUAGCGUUGUAUUUAGCUUUUGAGGCCGAUUAUCAGAUAAUCGAAAGUUGUGUUCUAGCUAUAAAGCUACAUCUAUAAAUGAUGCCUGUUGCGCGCAUCUAUGCUUGUGCACAAACUUGAACUUUUACAGGUUUUUUUUUACGGGUAUCAGCGUAUCUGCGUUGCCUGAGCAGUGUGUACUUGGAGGGGAGACCGGCUUGUUCAAGGACUUGAGUGUUGGUCACUUUGUCCCUCCAUGUGAUGCCCAGGAUGCAACGAAAUCAGCCUAAGUGGAAGCUGUUCGGCUUUCUCUCUUGUUUGGCAUAGGAUAACCACGUUUCACUGCCGUGUGCUGAUGAUGCACGCUUGGUACACUGCCAUUUUGGUAGCUGCUGUCAGCUUUGAGUUCUCCCAUACACGGGGCGUGAGACGGCCCAGCGUUGUUGCAGCUUUCCCAAUGCGCUGGCUGAUCUCAAUGUCGAGGAACAGGUUGUCACUGAUGGUGGAGCCGAGGUAUGUGAACUGGUGGACAACAUCCAGCUCGUAGUUGUCGAUGGUGAUGGCUGGCGGGCUGUCCACAUCUUGGCCCAUCACGUUGGUCUUUUUCAGGCUGAUGGUGAGUCCAAAGUCCUUGCAAGCCUGCGAGAACCUGUCCAUGAGAUGCUGGAGUUGCUGUUCGGUGUGUGAUGUGAACGCAGCAUCGUCAGCGAAGAGCAUGUCUCUGAUGAGGGUCAUUCGCAAUUAGGUUUUUGCUUUUAGCCUAGAGAGGCUGAAGAGGCGACCAUCGCUUCUGGUGUGGAGAUACACAUCCUCGCUGAAUGCUCCAAAAGCAUGCCUCAGCAAGAGGGAGAAUAAGAAGUCAAAGAGGGUGGGCGCCAGGACACAGCCUUGUUUUACUCCGCUCCUGACAUCAAAGGAGUCUGACAGGCUGCCCUCGUACUGGAUGGUUGCCUUCAUAUUGUCGUGGAACAACAACAACAAGAAGUUAGCAAUCUUGUAAUUUGGUUAUUGCUUACAUCUUAACGGUCAGGCAUAUUAAUUCCUGUAGAAUCUUUCCCAUCGUGCCUGUCUUUCGAGUGGCAAAGACUUCUACCCUCUUCCCCUAAAUCCAAUUAGCAACAAAAUGCUCUGUUUGGUACACAUAACAUAACCAUACUUCUCUUAUACUUGCAUUCUUUGGAGAGUCUAUGCUAUUGUAUAUUAUACGUCAUAGAACAUAAAUCUGAUGGAAUUAAUUGGUGGCUUGUUUAUUGUUGAGGAGGUGCUAGUAAAAUGAAAAUAUACCCACACUAACAGUGAUUCUAAUUUCAUAAUUACUUUAUACCAACGCACCAACCCAGAUAUUCUCAACUUGAUAUCUACGAGAAUAUGCACGAUGAUAUUAAUUGUAGGUGGGAGUACAUUUGAAGGGUUUUAAAUCCUCAAUGUUAUUGUACGACAUCUCUGUGGGUGUCCACUUAAUUUAGGAACAUAAAGUGUACGAUUAGUUUUACAAGCCAUUUCUGUAAACCAUUUAAAGUGUAACAUGUUAGAACUGUAUAGUAAACAGAAUUACUGACUUCCUCUUUAGAAACCAGUUAUCGGAGCCCUUUCUCCUUGUUUUCUUUCUGCUCUAGGGGGAGAGUACAGAGUAUCUAAAGUGUGGGAAAAUUCAAUAUAUAUAUCAAAACCACAUUGAUGGUGCAAUCCGCUCAACAGUUACAUUAGACCCUAGUCUAAUGUUCAAGUGAAAUUGUCGCAUCUGUUUUGUGUUUCGUUUUGCGAUGGUUUUAACUAUAGUUUUAAACAUUUUUGAAGCAGUCAGCUGUGCUGCCUCAUUUACAUAUCACUCAAAUUAAGGAAAAACAUCGUUUAUUAUUUUCCUUAAAGGUCGGGUGACAGUUUGUGAAAAGCCAAACAAACUAAAAAUUGUGAAGACAGAUCAAGUAUUUGUGCUUCAAAGUUUAACGCAAUUUCGCUGCAAAUGGUUCGUAAUGGAUAAUUUGCUCCUCUUUGUGUAAGGUGUCUCCUGUUUGUACUGCCAUGUAGUUAUAUGAGCCACAAUUUAGACUUUAUCAAUGCAAAUAAAGUAUGAAUUUUAAAACUAUAUUUACUCACUUUGUAAAGUGUACACAAUACUGUAGAUUAUUUGCUACUGCUAUCCUGUGAGCAUCGACUGCGUUGCAUUGUGUACACUCCUGUUGUAUCUGUGGUAAUAAAUAUCGUACGGUUUCUACAUUGUUUGUUUUUGCAAAGUAGAUAUUUUCUAAAUAGUCCUGAGGUCUGAUAUUUCAUUUCCGGUGUAAUGUAAUUUUGUGGAUAUGUUCCAAGUAGACAAAAUAUCCAAUUCUUAUUAUUAUCCCCUCUUUAUUUUUGCACGAAACAGUUUGUAGACGAAUCCAGUAACUUGGGAAAUGUCAUCAGUGCUCAUUUGCAGUGGCUCGCUGCUCCGCAAAAGUUGCACCAUAAAACCCAACACCAUCAAAACCAACAAAUUUUUCCAUCCUCAAAGGGUGCUAUCAAAUAUGCCAAUUGGAACUACGCUGCAAUCAUAUCGAGUGUAAACAAUGAGAACUUGUAGCACUACUAAGAUUAACACUUUAAUUUAUAAUCACUUCUCACAUAAAGUAUCAAAGCAGAUUUAGACUUAGUGGAAAAGUAGAGGUUAAUAAAAUCUCAUUUUUUGGCACAAGUC